UCUGAAUACCUGUGACACUACGGCUUUAUAGAGUUUCCUCCGAUGUGAUUAUCACUUUUUUCAUAAAUCCCUUAAACCUGUCGAGCCAACUAUCGAUUGUCAUUUCAUGGAUUAUAAAAAUCAUCACAAACCUUAGGACUGUGUUGUACUUAUAUGUAAAUCACAACAGGUAAAACGAAGCGUUGAUAUCCAAAGACGUCAAGACAACUGUUCAGUUAAUUAACCCAUCUAUUCGAUCCUGGGUGUUCCUUCCUCUUGUAAUAAUUACUUUCCUCUUUGGGGUUUUACGUCACUAUAUGACUAUUAUGUUUACCAGUGAGAAAAAGGGUGAACUUGAGAGUAUCGGUGAUAGUCAUGCUCUAAUCCGCAGCAGACUUUUACGUGAAAAUGGGAAAUUCUUGCCAACCAAAGCUUUCAAAAUGCGCAAAUAUUUCUUCAACGACAAAGAGCAUGGGUUUUUCAAAACUCAAAAGCGAGAAAGUCCAAUGAAUAAUCCAAUGGCUGACCCUUCAAUGGCAACUGAGAUGCUUAGAAGCAAUGCGCUGAAUAUGGUUCCAAUGAUUGUUAUUGGCAGCUGGAUCAACUGGGCUUUCUCAGGAUUCUUGACCACUAAAGUACCAUUCCCACUCACUUAUCGAUUUAAACCUAUGCUUCAAAGGGGGUGUGAGUCGCUCACUUCUCUGGAUGCAUCUUGGGUUAGCUCUGCAUCUUGGUAUUUUUUGAACAUAUUUGGCCUCAGGAGUAUGUAUGGCCUAGUACUUGGUUCAGACAACGCAGCUGACAACUCCAUGGUCUUGUCAGAUCACCAAGUACCUUCACCUCAAGCUCCACAGGAUAUGCAAAAGGCAUUCAAGGCAGAAUGGGAAGCAUUGGAGGUAGUUGAUCAUCAGUGGGCUUUAGCAGACUGUGAAACAAGACUACUGGAGAGGCUAUCUUAAUAUGUUCGAUUUUUCUUUGUAAAGUGUAAUUGUACUUUGUUUUUCGAAAGUUUUUUUUGUAAAAAAGUGGACAAAAUAUCAUCGCUUAAGUACAUGAGUGUAUUUUUAGGAAACAAUUUAAGAACU